GAUGGUCUUCACAUUAUCCUCUGCAGUCCCUUCUCAGUGGUUAUCAGUGCAACUGUAAUGAUGAGCACACAUCUUACGGAGAAACAGGAGUCCCUGUUCCUCCUUUUGGAUGCACUUUCUGUACAGCUCCCACUAUGGAGCAUAUAUUAGCAGUUGCCAAUGAAGAAGGCUUCGUCAGAUUGUAUAACACAGAAUCACAAACCAGCAGAAAGACAUGCUUCAAGGAGUGGAUGGCUCACUGGAAUGCUGUCUUUGACCUGGCCUGGGUCCCUGGUGAACUUAAACUGGUUACAGCAGCAGGUGAUCAAACGGCCAAAUUUUGGGAUGUAAAAGCUGGUGAGUUGAUGGGAACUUGUAAAGGCCAUCAAUGCAGCCUCAAGUCUGUAGCUUUUUCCAAGUUUCAAAAAGCUGUGUUCUGUACAGGUGGGAGAGAUGGCAACAUUAUGAUCUGGGAUACCAGGUGCAACAAAAAAGAUGGAUUUUAUAGACAAGUGAAUCAGAUCAGUGGCGCUCACAACACUGUAGACAAGCAGACCCCUUCAAAACCCAAGAAGAAACAAAAUUCAAAAGGACUUGCUCCAUCUGUGGAUUCCCAGCAGAGUGUUACUGUGGUCCUGUUUCAGGAUGAGAGCACCUUGGUCUCAGCAGGAGCUGUGGAUGGGAUAAUCAAAGUGUGGGAUUUACGCAAGAAUUAUACUGCUUAUCGACAAGAACCCAUAGCAUCCAAGUCUUUCCUAUACCCAGGAACCAGCACUCGAAAACUAGGGUAUUCAAGUUUGGUUUUAGAUUCUACUGGCUCUACUUUAUUUGCCAACUGCACAGAUGACAACAUUUAUAUGUUCAAUAUGACUGGCUUAAAGACUUCUCCAGUGGCUGUCUUCAAUGGACACCAGAACUCUACCUUUUAUGUGAAAUCAAGUCUUAGUCCAGAUGACCAGUUUUUAAUCAGUGGUUCAAGUGAUGAAGCUGCCUACAUUUGGAAGGUUUCUAUGCCCUGGCACCCUCCUACUGUGCUCCUGGGUCAUUCUCAAGAGGUCACAUCUGUGUGCUGGUGUCCAUCGGACUUCACCAAGAUUGCUACCUGCUCUGAUGAUAACACACUAAAAAUCUGGCGCUUGAAUAGAGGUCUAGAGGAGAAGCCAGGAAAUGAUAAACAUUCCAUAGUGGGUUGGACCUCUCAGAAGAAAAAAGAGGCGAAAGCUGGCCUAGUAAUGGUAGCAAGUAGCCAGACUACUCCUGCCAAAGCCCCCCGAGCCAAGAGCAGUCCGUCCAUUUCCUCUCCAUCAUCAGCAGCUUGUACUCCAAGCUGUGCUGGAGACCUCCCUCUUCCUUCGAAUACCCCCACGUUCUCAGUCAAAUCCACUCCUGCCAAGACCCGCUCUCCUGUCGGCAGAAGAGGCUCCACUUCUGUGUCUCCCAAGCCACCCUCGUCUUUCAAGAUGUCUCUUAGAAACUGGGUGACCCGAACACCUUCCUCAUCGCCACCCGUCACUCCACCUGCUUCUGAGACAAAGAUCUCAUCUCCAAGAAAAGCCCUCAUUCCUGUGAGCCAGAAGUCAUCACAAGCAGAUGCUUGCUCUGAAUCUAGAAAUAGAGUGAAGAGGCGUCUAGAUUCAAGCUGUCUGGAGAGUGUGAAGCAAAAGUGUGUGAAGAGUUGCAACUGUGUCACUGAGCUUGACGGCCAAGUGGAGAGUCUUCACUUGGAUCUGUGCUGCCUUUCCAGCAACCAGGAAUCCCUUAGCAAGGACUCCGAAGGUCCUGCCAAAUCAAGCAAGGUUGAAGGCGCUGGUACAGGCAUCUCAGAGCCUCCUUCUCCUGUCAGUCCUUAUGUUUCAGAAGGCUGUGGAACCUUGCCUCUUCCUUUGCGACCUUGUGGAGAAGGGUCUGAGAUGGUGGGCAAAGAGAAUAGCUCCCCAGAGAAUAAGAACUGGUUGUUGGCCAUGGCAGCCAAACGGAAGGCUGAAAAUUUAUCUCCACGAAGUCCAUCAUCCCAGACACCCAAUUCCAGGAGACAGAGUGGAAAGACGUCACCAGGCCCGGUGACCGUUACUCCCAGCUCCAUGAGGAAGAUCUGUACAUACUUCCGUAGAAAGUCUCAAGACGACUUCUGUAGUCCUGAACACUCGACUGAAUUAUAGAUUUCUAAUCAGAAAGUUAACAGAACUCGGGUCUGCAAAGAUGGGUGAAAAGUGACUUUAUAAUUGUGGUCUUUAAGAAAAUGGUCAUUUUGUCAUUUUGGGAAAUGACACUGCCUAGGGUAGACCCAGCUUCCUGGGGUGAGUGUGUUUCCAUUUCGUGUGAUGACUUGUCAUCAUAGCCUUGUCUGGCAGUCUGAUAAUGACACCCCACCCCGCUCAUGGAACCAGAAAGCAAGGCGUGCCUCUUGUUAUCCUUAACUUGUGCAAGCACAGUGGAGGAGAGUAUCUGUAAGUCCAGCACAGGCCCAUCUGUGGAGGCCGCUCUGCAGUCUGAAGCAUCCUCUUGAGUCAGAGAGGCUUAAGUGAGUGAGCUGGGUCUUAUGUGAAAUAUAUAAUCUGUUCACUGCUUUUGUGUGUGUGUUUUUCAAGCUGUGUAAAAUGUGAUGUUCGUGUAAGUACAUUCACUGUUUCCGUGUUAAAAUACAUUAUCUUGAGUUGAAGUCAUGAUUAUUUUAAGUACAGAGGUCAGUGUCAACUAAUUGGGAAAGUAGGACAAAACAACAGGAAGUUGGACCGUUUCUGUGGAAGUGUGUGUGUGUGUGUGUGUGUGUGUGUGUGUGUGUGUGUGUGUGUGUGUGUGUGUGUGUGUCUUGUCUGUGUGUUAUUUUUGUAGUUUUGUGUCUGUGUGUGUCUUGUCUGUCUGUGUGGAAUUUUUGUAGUUUUGUUUUCAGAUUUUUAUCACAAACCAGCGUAGCUGUUGGGGUAGGGUAGGGGGUUGUUGAGCACUUUCUUGAGAGAGAUGCUUUAUAAAACCAGUAAUUAUAUGCUGAAACUGGUAUUUACAUUUAGAUAUAUUUCUCAGUUCUUCAGGGUUUGUGACUUUUUCCUUUUUUUAAUCUUCUGAUUUUUAAGAUAAAGUAAUAAUUUCUUACUGGUAUUUUUAUAAAAGACGUUAGCUCUGAAUUGAAAAUCCAGAAUCAGGGAAAGUAAGUCUUGGUGCUUUUAAUUUUGCAAAAAGCUCUAGCUCUAGUAUAUUGGUCAGCCAAAAAAAAAAAAAAAAAAAAGCACUUUAUCUAGAUGGUUAGUGAUGUCAGCUGACUAAAUAGUAUUCGAAGUGCUUUAACCUUUAUUUCCCUUAAAUGCUGCACGUUGUGGCAGUCCUCAUGAAAUGAGUGCCGUUAAAGCUCCCUUGGAAACCUCUUGGAAAGAAACCUUACAUUUGGGGAAGGUGUCCGCUAACAGUUAGGAAAGAGUUUUUCAAAUCCCUGAGGACUGGUUAAACUUUAUUUCCGUGAUUUUAAAUCUUUUCUUAAAAGCUUUAAUUCCUUUGAGGUUGUAAGUUAAGCUUAUAAAACAAACAGGACUGGGUAAGGAAUAAGUAUUGGUUUUCUCUGGUUUUAUUCAAGAAAAAAAUUCAAAGGAAGUCAAAUUACAGUCAAAAGCACAUACGGCAGCUUAAGAUGAAUGCUUAGGAAUCUGCAGUGAUGUUUGCUUGUUGAGUAUUAGGCAGUAGGGGUUGUUUUUAAUGAUGCAUACCUUCCAAUAAUGUUGAAUACCUCUUGCUCUGAAAGCCAGUGGUGGUAGUCAGUAAAACAGGUGAUUGAUGGCCACAUGUGGCGGCACUGGGGUAAGUGGCUGUCAGAAACUAAAGGCUUUGCUUGGGAAACUAGUGCCAUGGUGGGUGUCAAAGAUCACCUGUAACAUUAGUGAUUAUCCUUGCCUUUUUUAGUGCAGACUGUGAGCGGAGUCUGAAUAAUGAGCCCUUUAUCUUGUCUGGUGUCCUUUCCCAACCUUUUUACACUGACCUAGGAGCAAUCCACACAAAAAGGAGUGGGAAUGUCAAGUCCCUUUUGCUUGCUUGUGGAGUAAAAUGUGUUUGUUUACAAAGAAUAAUCUAGUUCAAGCUGAAAGAGGGUCUAAUAAACUUCCUUCCUCAACCUU